AUCUACUGCAGGAAGUGUGAGAAGCCCCUGUGCUGCUCGUGCGCGCUGCUGGACAGCCAGCAUGCCCCCUUCUGCGACAUCCACAGCGAGACCCAGCGCAGGCAGGAGGAGCUGGGCAUCAUGAGCCAGGAGCUGAAGCAGAAGAGAAGCAGCUUCGAGGCCACCUACGUGGCGCUGCAGGAUGAGGCCGUCCGGCUGGAGCAGGUGCAGCAGGAGAUGCGGGAGCUGAUCCGGCAGCGCGUGGAGCAGCUGGUGCGGCUGAUCCGGCAGGAGGAAGAGGAGCUGCUGGGGCUGGUGGAGGCGCAGCAGGAGCAGGGCCGGCAGGAGGUGGUGAGGGAGCUGCAGCGCGUGGAGGGGGUGCUGCGGCGGAUGGAG